GAUAGCCUGGAAAGAGAAGAGAGAGAGAGGCAGAGAAAUGCAGUUAAUUUCUAUUGUUUGUUAUUUUUAAUCAGUACAGUACAUCAUAUACAGUUUUCAUAAUCACCGAUUUUUGGGAAAAAAAAAAAUGGAAAUCUUUUUCGCAGUUCGCAGUUAAUCGAUAGCAUAUGGACAGUCACAAAAAAAAAGAGCACUGUAAAAAUGGCGACCCCCACGUUCUUUCCUCAUCAUCUGCUCAUCAUCAUCAUCACCAACUCUAUUACUACUGUACUUAAUUCUUCUACUUGUUCUAUUUUGAUGAAUUCUCAGCCAUCUCACCAAUACCCGGACCAAGACUGCCUACCUGUAGUACCACCAUUUUCCUCUUCCUCUCACUACUCCAUGAGUACUAUUGUACGUAUUACUCCUUUUUCCAUAUCCAAAUCCAAGCACUUUCUACUCUAAUCAUGAUAAACUUUCCCAAACUGUUUCCUUCACUAUUCCCCCUUUCCAAGUUUUGCUUUCUUCCCUUUCUCCUCUCUCUGGUUUCACUUCUUUUCUUACUGGAUUUGGCAUCUGGGAUCGGCUCCAUGGGCCCUAUUUCGGCUUCUUACGGCCAAAAUGGCGUCUUUUGCGCCAUUGAUGCCAGUGGCAGACAAGAAGUCAUUUGUUGGGGCAAUAAGACCAAUACUUCUGUGUCUACCAGCGCAUCGCUUUACCCUGCUGAUUUACCUCCGAUGGCGGCCCUCUCCGGCGGAGCUGGGUUCCUGUGCGGCAUUGUGGCGAACACCUCACAGGCUUAUUGCUGGGAUUCUAAGGGAUCGAAUAGUGAUCUUGUUCCUCCGAGCUAUAAAACGAAUUCUUAUUUCCACAUUGCGGCUGGCACCACUCACGUGUGUGCUAUUAGAGGGUCUUACUACUCGGAAAGUCAUUGGGGAAGUGUUGAUUGUUGGGAUAUUUUUCGACAUUCCAACGAUUAUUUAAGCUCAAAUCCAAGUUAUCUGGAUCAGAAUGUAAGUACUCUGGUUUUCCAAAAGGUGGUUUCUGGUAAUGGGUUCAGCUGUGGAGUCGCGAGACAAGGCGGGAUUGUGUGUUGGGGCCCAAAUUCCUCGAGAUUGGGAGUUCCUGUUACACAGGGCAACUUUGUUUCUCUGGCUGCCGGAUUUGAUUCCGUCUGUGCAGUCCCGGAAAAUUCCGGUGGAACCAAAUGUUGGGGUUUUAAUUCAUCCUUUGUGACUCCACCUUCUGGGAUCCGGUUAGUUUCAUUGACUGCUGGGGCCCGACAUUUUUGUGGAAUCCGAGAAGACGAUCAUGGGAUUGAGUGCUGGGGGAACUUCAAUUCGUCCUUGAUUCCAAAGGGUUCUGGUUUCCUUGCCAUUGCUUCCUCGGAUUACGUGAGUUGCGGAAUCAGGGAAGCUGAUUUAGUGCUGGAUUGCUGGUUUGCCAGCGGCUCUCCUCCAAUCGAUUAUGAUCCUCCUCUGCAGUUGUGCAGCCCGGGUUUGUGCACUUCUGGUUCCUGUGGUGAAGGCAAGUUUGCGUUCAAUGCCAGCUUCCUGAGCGAACCAGAUCUGACCAGCUUGUGCCUCAGGAAAGAUCUUAAGAUUUGCUCUCCCUGCGGGUCGAAUUGCAGUGAAGGAUACUUUCCAUCUAGUCCUUGCACUGAGAAUGCUGACCGGGUUUGUACCGCUUGUACGCUCUGCCAGAACAGCUCUUGUUGGGAUGUCUGCGGGAUGCAAUCUUCCCCUGAAUUCAAGCAUCAGCAUUUGCAUCAAUUCCAUCAAUUGCUGAUCAUAAUUGGGUCCUCUGUUGCUGGUUUCUUGUUGAUUUUAGUUGCCUGGUACCUUUUACCCCGUGUUUUACCUACAAAAAACAAAGAAGGCAAGAAGGGAACAUUUGCUUGUUGUUUUGGUGCUAAGCCUCAGCCGGAAGUUGAAGCUGUUAGUGAUGUGAUUCCACCUGCGGCUAUAGUCCAGUGUCCUGGAAUAGCUCAAGUUUUUCGGCUUUCGGAACUAAAGGAUGCGACUAAUGGCUUUAAAGAGUUCAAUGAACUUGGUAGGGGAAGCAAUGGUUUUGUCUACAAAGCUGUUUUACCAGAUGGGAGGCAAGUGGCGGUAAAGAGAGCCAAUGCUGCCACCAUAAUCCAGACGAAUAGCCGGGAGUUUGAGAUGGAAUUGGAGGUCCUAUGUAGUGUCCGGAAUGGUAAUAUUGUGAACUUGUUGGGCUAUUGUGCAGAGAUGGGAGAAAGGAUUCUAGUUUAUGAAUAUAUGCCUCAUGGGACUCUCCAUGAUCACCUUCAUGGGGGUCUUGCUCCUUUAAAUUGGCCGCUGAGGUUAAAGAUUGCAAUGCAAGCUGCAAAGGGACUGGAAUACUUGCACAACGAAGUUGUUCCUCCUAUAGCGCACCGUGAUGUUAAGAGUUCGAAAAUCCUUCUGGAUGCUGACAUGGGGGCAAGAAUUACUGAUUUUUCUCUUAUUGCUCCAAGCGAGAGCGAUCUCAAUCAAGAUAAGAGAGCUGAUGUUUAUAACUUUGGAAUUGUUUUAUUAGAGAUUCUUAGUGGAAGGAAAGCUCAUGACACGGAAUGUGAUCCUCCGAGCAUUGUUGAUUGGGCAUUGCCUCUGAUUAGACAUGGCAAGGCUGCUGCCAUCAUCGAUCGCUAUAUAGCUUUGCCCAGAAAUGUCGAACCCCUGCUUAAACUUGCCGAUAUUGCAGAGCUUGCUUUAAGGGAAGAUCCGAGCAGACGGCCCAUUAUUUCAGAUUUCGCACUUAUGUUGGAGCUACUAGUGAAGGAAGGGUUGAUAUUGUAGCAACAAGUUUAGAUUUUUAGAACUUUUUUUUUCCCUCCGAUUUUUUGAUCUAGUGAAGUUUUAUACAGACGUUACACAUAGACAGAUUCUGGUUAGCAUUGGUCUUCGGCAACUGUAUAUUUUGUAUGAGAUUCUUGUAAGUACCUCUUGUUUUCAAAGAAGAAAGGAUUUUCAAAUGUACCCCUUGUUUUGUCACUUCAACUUCAAGCAGGAACCACUUCAAAC